AUGCGAGUAACAACAAAUCGAACAUCAAAACUUCAAACAACACCACGAACGAAAGCGUCAACAACAACGAUAUUGAAUGAACAAACAGGUCAUCUGCAAAAUGGAACAACAAUUGUCUCACCCACAUCAUCAAACAACAGCACUCUUCGUCUAAUUGAUUCAGGUGAUUAUCUGUCAACAGCCGUAUCACCCCAACAGCAUCAGCCUGUAACAACAUCAACUAUGCUCCAAUAUUUGCAACCCUCACCUACUGCAAUACAAAAUAUGCUUAUUCAACAGAUAUUAACAAGUCCCGAACAGGUAUAUUAA